AUGUUGAUUCGCAUAAUCAGCCGCUUUGCUUUGAUACAGAGAAUUUAUGCCGAAGAUGAUGGUGAAAGACAUUUUGCGGUGCAAGAGAAAAUGGGAUUAGGCGUCGACCCGAGUCAGAAUUGCCAUUUUGAUCAAUUGCCGUAUCUAGCAAAUGGCCAGUACGCGUGUGAAGAUAGAGGUACUUUUGCUCAUGGAUCUGUCUGUGAUUUUCGUUGUCAAGCUAAUAUGGAUUCAUUCGAAGUAAAAUGCCACUGUCUUGUCAAGCUUAGGAUGAUUUUGAACACUGAAGUAGCGCGGAAUUUUUACGUUCCAAGCCCGGACGGUUGUUUUUGGAAAAUCCAAACAGAUGAGGCGACUUGUCCCCGACCCAGGUUUCGUGUCUCGAGUCCGAUAGCGAGAUUAAAAGUAGCUCAACCUGGAGCUGAAAAUUGGUCAGAAGAUCAAGAAGAAUCUUCUGGUGAUUCAGAACAAAGUCGCGUUUCAACCCUCGAAGUGGAGCUAGAAGAAAGCUCGAGAAGCAUCGAUCUUCAAGGAGAUAAGAUCGACGAGCUCGCUGCAAAAAUAGAACUGUUAGAGAAUAAAGAGAAAGAACUAGAGAUCGAAAACGAAAAGCUGAAAAGAGGAUUCCACGACGUUGUGUUUGAAAAUUCACUAGCGCGCGCGUUAUUGCUCCAAAACGUGCACGCCGCGCAGUCAUCACAAGUGGAGCAAAACCUGCGUUUCAUGAAGAGCUUGGAAGACCGUCUGAAGGCUUACGAGCACCAGCAGCGCGAACCAAUUAUUGAAAUCAAACGAGACUUUAUCAAAUUGAAACAGGAGGUGACAGAUAACCAGGUUCCACUAGAAGAGAUUGUCGACCUCAAGGAACUUGGAAAUUUUAUCCAACAACGUGUGCUAUCAUAUUUGCUACGGUUUCAAAAAGUUAAUUAUUUGCGAAUCGCGAAUUUGCUGAGUUUUGUUUUUAUUUCAUUUUCAUCUUUUGAAACCCAUUACCAGCUUCAAUCAACGCCGAAAAUAGAAGAACUCAACGCAAUAACUGAAAAAUAA